AUGGCGUCAGAGGUGAAAACACUUCCUCCCCAUGAAACAGGAAAUUUCAGCUCCACUCAAGACACUGUGUUUGGGCCGGCCCGAAACCAAAAGUGCGAGGAACUGGGCAAGGUUACCGAGUUGUUUCGAGACGAGAGUGUAAAUCUUCCUCUCAAUCUCACUAAUAUAUUUCACAUUUUCCGCGAGGAGGCCCUCAAAUACGGUGACACUUAUAACCAGCAUCUCAUACCGGUGCUAGAGCCGUUCAUGGUUGAGGAGAAAUUCGAAACAGCGUGGUACCGGCUUUCCGGGUCUUCGGUGUGGCUUAAGGAUUACAACGUGCAUCUAGUUGUAUCCCGACUACUAGUAUCCGAGUUCGAAUUGCAGGACCACCCCAGAUUGAGCGUGCUGCUUGCCCAGGUUUUCGACGAGGCCUGGAACGAAAUCGAUGACGUGCGCUUGGUAUUCCCCACCAACAACGUGGAAGGCUCGCCUGGCUUUGAGACUGGCGACGCCCAUUUUCACCUGUUCCGGUUUCCCCGGAUUCUCCCCCUCCCUUUUGACAUUGGCCAGGUGCACAAAUACUGGGGAGCGGAGGAUCCACGCAUGACUCUUGUGACAAACAAGAACGGGCACCAAGAGCCACUCAUUACGUUCAACGCGUUUCAUGUGAAAAGCGAUAUUGACAAGAGCCAACCUGAUGUGGAGGGCAAACGAUCGAUAUUCAUGAGUCUCCCAUUCCAGUUUCAGAGAGGAAAACAGAUCGAGGCCGCGGACACGGAUGCCACCACUGAGCAGUGGUUUGCUCGCACCAGGCAACUACGUAUAGAGGGAGAGCAGGAACAGAAGAUCGAUAAAAACUGGGUGCCUUUUGUCACGGGAGCAGAUGGGCCCAAUGAGCACGUGAUGUUUGCUGCUCUGCUCGAUCCGCUAAAAGUCAUCAGGUGUGAUUUGUGGACUAAUAACACCGAGUGUGCCUUGGAGCAUGCUGAGCCAGGCGAAGUUGGUCGUCUCCGAGGAGGCACGCCUCUCACCAGUGUGAAAAUUAUUGAAGAGGAAGACAGGGAGUAUUUUGUUGGGCUCGCCAGGGCCAAUUUGCAGAAAUGCGGGUGUGGAAACAAGUUUUACAGGCCGAAUAUUGUGGUCCUUGCCCGAACGGGCAAACGAUGGAAACUUACGCGUGUGUCUUCUUUCGUGGAUCUUGGCAUGGAGAUUCAACUUUGGCGACUCAAUGAAAACGUAUGCACGAGAGUCAACGCCAUGAUCCCGAACGGCAUAGAGUUUUGGGAUCUUCAGAACGACAUCAUGAGCGUCGAGGCAUCCGUGUCUGACAAGACUGUGGAGCGUGUCCACCUAAAAGGCGUGCUAAAAGCUUUGGAGGAUAUGAAUUAUCUAGAAAUACCAGGCAACAUUGGGAUGGAGAGCCCAGUGCAUUGUGCUUUGAAAGCCAGUGCGGAUUUCUGCAAAGCUUACGGAGACUUACACCUGAGGCCUCUUGCCGAGAAAACUUCCAAAACAAUACGAGCAGCCAUCUUUGGCGAGACCCACUAA